UUUCUAUUCUCCUCCACCAUGUGACGACCUAUGUUUUGUUUCCAAGUGCAUUCAUUCAUGCAAGAUUAAUCAUACCAUGUCACGAGGCACCUGCCGUGAACUUCAUUUUCGACUCAGCUGUAAUCACAAUGUACGUCUCUAUUCUGUUCUGCCUGAUAGCAGCUUUUGGAGCUGUUUCAGGGAAACUGCAGCCCAUUUGCCAGCCUUCAAAUAGCAGCCAUGGAUCAAGUCCUAAGCUUCCAACGCUGCCCACAGCUUUUUCAACACUUGUGGAAGUGAACAUCGUUAACAAGAACUACUCAGCACUUUUCAAGGAGUACUACGAUCAGAAAGCUGACAAGGGCAGGAUUGAACAAACAAAAGAUGGACAAACGUACAUGGAUAUCUACGACUACGCAAUGGACGAGGUACUUCACGUGAAUUUGAGCUCCAAAACCUGUACAGUUACUCCUGCUUCUCACCCUGAAGAGGGCCAUUUUCACUUCAGCUUUUUUGGCUUUGGCGCGCAUAUCGAAAGCGUGUCUCAGUUGUUCAAGUUUGGAAGUCAGUAUAACGAAACUUACUUGGGUAUUUCGUCUGUGCGUGGAAUAAGGUGAGCUUAACCCUUUUUUGGCUUUCAGAGGGUCAAAUCAUUUUUUGACACACGUAAGUGAUGGUGACACAUAAGAAUAUAAAAAAUGUGCCAUUACAUAAUAUGCUUACAGUUGUAUCGUUUGCUCACGCUGAAAUGCACACGAAUGGUUAGUGUAAACUUUAAAGAUAACAGAGAGUACUUCAAUUUAAUUUAUAAUUUACAAUUAGUAUUUGUUCCUUCCCAAAUUAUGUGUGCAGAUUACUGGUGUCUGAUAAAUGAUUAAACAAGAUAAGGAAAUAGCUUUGCCCCAAUGACCCAAAUAGUGAGCUCUAAGGAUAUCUGAAGAGUGGGUUAUGAUCUAUUACUGAUAAACCAAUGACGUUAUCAACUUCCUACAUUCAAGGCCCUUGAUAUUGACAUAUUGAGAGCUUUGCGCUUUAGUGUUUUUUAAAAAUAAUAAUUUAUUAUUAUUAUUAUUAUUACAUUGCAACUUUGUGUCAACUGAAGCUAAUAUCAAAUUUUGUAAGGAAGUAUUUGAAGAAAAGAGUUUUUUUUGUUCAGCAGACCAUUAUGAUGUGAUGGGCGACACUUUCAUGUUUUUUUUUUUACACUUUUGGGAGAGUCCAUCAACACUGCUGGAAACAAUGGCUUAAGGGCUUUCGCGCUAAUUGUUUCUGCGCAUCCCUACUGCGCACGUAAUUCAUAGCGCAAUAUCACGCCACGUCAAAAAUCAAUGUGGGAAGGUAAAAAAUUUCCAAUUUUUCUGUGUAAGCGGCGUCAAAUUUUGGCAUUCGUGCGGCUGUUAGGAGAGUAGAAAUGUGUCCGCUAAAUGAUAAAAUCAACUCUGAGGAAGUUUUUUAGUUCACCGAAUUUUGUUUAUAGAUCCACAAGAACAAUAAUUGGCGGAUAAAAUUUCAAUUCAGGGAUUUAUUUAUAAACUUUUUGUACAAACAGGCACUUUAUCCGUAUGCAGUAACGAAGCCCGAUUUCUCAGAUGUUGGGUUAUCUUUUGAACAUCAUAUCUCCGAAACGAAUUAGGUGACCCCCCAAUUUUUUUACAUUUUUGACAUGAGUAACCCAUAGUCUCAAACUGGUGAAAGUUUCAGAAAAAAAUCAAUGUUAGAAGAUUUUCGCGUGAACGUCCUUAAGAAUCAGUAAUGUUGCUAGAUGCAAACUAACCAAGAAUAUGGCUUUGUGUGAUAUUGACUUUACAGAGGUUUCUGAUAUACCAUCUUCAAACUUGGCAAGUUGGCUUACUGUAAGGCACAUUUUCUAGUGGUGAUGGAUAUUCGCUAACUAGUCAAAAUCGAAAGUGGAGAUUAAUGGUGAAAGGGCCCAUUGAAUGCUGAUAUAAUAUCAAUGUAUGUAAAAUUGCCCUUAUUUAAACAUUUUGAACAGUUUCUGUGACACUCAUGUAUUUCAAUCAUUUGCCAGAAAAUCCCAGGUCAUUAUCAGUUAUGUUUAAUUAUUACAGCAGUGAAAGAAUUCAUGCAUGCUAACACAGGUUAAACUCUUGUCAAAAACAACUCAAAACAAAACCCGAUAUUAAUCUGGCCUAUUAUUUGCGGUAUUGCUGUUUGUUCCACACCAGUGAUCUUACAGCAUAAAGUGACACAGCACAUUUUUGUGAAUGUUUUGUUUUUAUUAUGUUAUUUCAAGCUCCAUUUACCGUGCUGUCAACUCUCCUGGAUUAUCCGGGAGACUCCAGAUGAGAUAUUGGACCAUAUCUCCCGGUCUCCAGAUUAUGAAAUCUCCCAACUAUUUUGUGUUGUUUAAGCUAUUUUAAUGUUAACAUCGAACGUUUCCUCAUAAACUGUGUACCAUUGUAAUGUAAUAAUAAUCAGGUCAAAUGUUACAUGGCCUGCAUGGAGAGAAGUGAUGACCGAAAAAGGGACAUCUGCUUUCGUAGGCUAAAUGUUACAAUGCCAACAAAUCUUUGUUUUGUGUUAUCGCAAAUUUGUGACGACUGGAGUUGACAAAAUUUGUCAUAAUUUUUAUUAAUUAUUUUAUCACAAAUGACAUCAUGUGCGGUACAUUAUAACAUCAUCUAUCAUCCCCUCCUUAUCAAUUCUCAAUACUCGAAGACGUGACAGGUUGACAGCCCUGCUUAAAUCCUCUUACUUGUGAUUGGUUGUUCAAGCUGGCCAAAAUAUUGACCAAAGACAUAAAAAAAUAAACUUUAUGCAACAAAAAAGGCACUAUACAUAAUAAUUGACUCUACAUUGUGAUUCAAAGUUUUGUUGUUGGUUUGAAAAUGUUCAUGUUAGUGUAUUGAACAUAAUUAUUGAGACAAAGGAAAACGAGUUUUAAAAUAGGUUAGAAAAAGUUGUUGUUCAAAUUUUACUUAGUUUUCUUACUAAGUAUUUAUUUUUAUUUUCCUCGAAAUUUGUCUGAGAGCUGCUAUGUUGAUAUGAGACAAAGAAGCAUAACAAAAAUGGAUCAACAAAGGAUUAAUAAUUAUUUGAAACAAACAUGUAGCAUACACUGUACUUAUACACUGAGUCUCAGGUUCAUAUGUUGUGGGUCAAUUUUUUCCUCAGUUUAAAUUCCAUUUCAUUUUGUUUUUGGGUAUGGAACUUUGAACCAAAAUUGAAAUUAAAACACAACAUUAGCCUUUUCCUCUGGAUUGUCACGCAAAGACCAAAGAAAUGGUGCAGCAGUUUUUAAUAAUAAUGAUAAUAAGAAAGUUCUUUUUGCAGAUGGCCUUUGUCACAUAAUGGGCGUUUCAAUAGGGCACUGCAUAAAAACUAAAAACUACAGUACUCAAAAUGAAAAAAAAUGUUAAAAUAGAUGAACUAAAUAAUGUCACACUAAGUGAACUUAUUGAGACUUAAUUUUUCAUACAUCUGUAAAUGAGAGAAUGAAAUUAAACUGGAUUUUCCUGGGGGAGGGGGGGGGGGAAAUUAGGAGCAAGCCAAAUACGGCUGUAGCAUAGAUAUUGUCUGUAAAUCAUCAUGCAAAACAUGUUAGUGCAAAGACAAAUCAGAGGACAGACAGGGAGCAGUAUACAAGGUCAAAUGUUGUGACUGCCAGGCCACUUAUAUUGGCGAUACUGGCAGAAACUUAGCACGCAGCUGACUGAACACAAACAACUGAAACAGAUGACAAGAAAUAGCAAUGUCAACAAUCACAUUGCUAAACACCAUUUACAGAUGAAACAUCAAAGCGAUUGAGACUCAGCAACAUGUAUACAUGUAAGGCAUUCUACAGACCACUAUCAAUGACCAGGGGCACCCACUGACGGUUUUCUCCCAAAUACGUUGAAAACACCUUUUAGGCUAUCCAGACUAAGAGUAGUUUUAGAUUUCUAGAAAUACAUUUUAAGCAAUGCUAUAAAAUUUGUAUCUGUUCGGUAAUCCUAGGAGACUUUGAGCCUUUUCGAAAUGUCAAGGGGUUUCAGCGUUAUUUUCCCGAAAAUUUUAGAUGCUAUUUAUGUGCUUUACAAAAGUGGGACUUUUUCUGAUUCCUUUCUCAAUCACAUUUUUGAAUCCGAAAAUUUUAGGUUUCUUUUUUUUUUCGAAAAAACAGCAUAAUACUAGGGGAGUGAAAUGUGAAAAAUUAAGCGUCAGAAAAUCGUAAGGAAUUUAUUAGGUAAGUUUCAAAAUUGUACAUGAAUGGAACAGUCACUUGGAAAUUUGUAGCCAUCGUCAAGCAAUAGAAAAUUCUAGGCAAUAUUUGCUUCUCUGAACAGAUAUUUUACAGAAAAUAGUUGUUGGGAGCCCCUGAAUAACUCGCAUUAGAAAACUAGUUUACUUUCCUUAGAACAAAUGCCACUGAAUCAUAGUCAACAAUAUUAUUAUUAUCAGCACCAAAUGUUGUGGCAAAUUUUUCCCUUUGUUUUCGUUUUCACCAACACUUACUCAUUAUCGUGUAUUCUUUUCAUUUUUUGUCUCACUCUGGUAUUUUGAUAAUUAUGCUCCUUAUGCUGCACAAUGUAUGUAAAUUUAGUUGUAUAUAAUUUAGUUUGUUAUCUCGCCCUUUUCUAUGCAGAGUUUUUUUUACGCGUCUAUUAGUGUUCGUGUCAGUAGUUUUUUUUUUCUCGGUUCCCCUAACCACCGACCUUGUUACAUCUUCAGCAUUUGGUAAACAGCCUCGUUUUUAUUGUUUUUACGAAUUUCAUUUUGCAGUCGCAUUUAGGUAGUUUGUUUGUAUAGUAACUUUUAUUAUUAUUUACUAUUAGUAAAACGUUUGCUGAGAGAUCGUGAUGAUGUUGUGUUUCCUCGAAUCGGCCCAUCCCUUUUCACUGUAUAAAUGACUUAUUGACAGACUCAAACAAAACUAACUACGAGUGAAUGACUGGACAACCGACAAUUUGACUAACAAUAAACGACUGUUUAACUGUGACAAAAGACAGAUCAAAAUGCACCAAUGACAUUAUGAGUCUUUAUAGCCAAUAUAACAUCACUGUUUAACAGGCAGACUACCAAUAACAUCAUAUCUUAGUUGACCAAUCAACCAAUUGAACCAGUCCAAUCAGGUCAAUAACCAGAGUUUAAUACCAUCAACUGUCGUGACACAACUCACUUUGACUCUGGAGAUGACUACCGCACAGGUUAAUCACUGUAAAGAACAGUCCUAUUCAGGACUACGUUCACCCAGAUGAUCAUAUUCAACCUACUUAUGAAAUGACUCCUGGUUUCAAACCUUUCACAGUUUUAGUACAGCAUAUUGGCACUUGUACAUGUGUGGUUAACACCCAUGUCCACCCAAUGGAGGAUCACUGGAAAAUCUAAAGUUGGAAGGGAAGGGGGUUAGUCGUAAAUGCCAAAAUUUUUGAGGAAAGUGUGAACCACCUACACUGAAAUUAAUUUUUGAGAGGUGUGGUGAGCUAAAACCAAAAACCCUUUUCCCCUAGUAUUGACUUUCUAUUCAUUUUUGUCUUGCAGAUGUCACCACUGGAGGGCUUGCAUCUCCAACAACUAUUCUUCCUAUUACUUGGAUUACUUCUUUUCAGCAUCUGACUGGAGAACAACAUGGGUUGCACACAAUUCCACAGUAAUCCGUGCAACUAUUAAUGGCACUUCAGAGUCUUUUAAAAGAAUGAAUGGAUCAAUGGUACCUUUAAACAAAACACACAAUUUCUAUCAUGUUUAUGAUUUUUUCGAUUUUCAUCCUGGCCCUCCAGAUGCAUCCAAUUUUCAGCUUCCUGCAGGGCUGUAUUGUGCCAGUCUCAAAGGCUUGAACAAAACUGUCCCUCUUGUACCUGGAGUUUUCAGCUUGGAAUUAGAAGCCAUUUGGAGUAGGGCUAACAACAGUGUGUCUAACUGGCAGGUAAGAACUGGUACAUUACAAUAUUAUUAACAGUACGACUAGCUGUAACAGAAAAAAUUGCAGUAGGAAUUUCCAUGCAUGCGGAUGAAAGUACAAUUAUUGGACAGGUCAGUAGCCAAGGCCAAGGCUGCUGUCACAAAGAUUUCAAGUUGCUGCAUUUAUGUAUAUUAGUAGGCGGGUAAUUGAACAGCUGGGACAUUUUGGGGUUUUAUUGUCCUUUUGUUUCCCAUGAAAGUACCUGCAGUCAUGCUCUUAUUAGCAAGAGGAAAUCCCCGGCCUGCAGCCCUUAGUGAGAGCCCUGUUUGCCGUUUUAUCAUUAAUGUUUAAUUUGCUGAAUGCAAUGGGUGAACUGCUUAUGUGAAAAAUUUUUAUGGCUGAUGGUAAACAAGUGAACGGCUGGAAGAAAAUUUCAAAUAGCUGGCAGUGAACAGGUGAAUGACUUGAGAAUAAUUAUUUUCAAUUGGGUGGAAGUAAACCGGCGAACAACUUGAGAAAAAAAUUGUUUCAAGUGGCUUGCAGUGCACUGGUUAUUAUAAGGCUUGAUUAGGGCCGCCGUUAGAAUAAUGUUUCAAGUUGCCGGGUAAACGAUACAAGUAGGCAGGGAAUCAAACAGCCAGGGAUAUUAUUUGGAACUAUUUUUCUUCUAUUCUCCUACUAAAGGAGGCAGUGGUCACAUUCACACUAGCCGGGGAAAAUCCUGGCCCUUAAUGACAGCUUUCCCUACUAGCAGAGGUCUCUCAUGACAAGGCAAAAAUGAGAGGAAGGAUACAGAGAGUUUCUCUCCUUCAUUCCAUUUUUGCCUUAUCAUGCGAGACCUCUGCUAGCAGGAAAAUGACAGUCCUGCAUGACCUGCAUGAUACACAAACAUUUGUCAAGUGCCUCAUGUCAGUUGUAAAUUGCAUUAUUACUGAACAGUGCUAAGUCUAAUUCUCAACACAGAAAAUUUAAUUAUACGAAUGUAAAUUCCAUUAAUCAAUAAUUGUUGCAAGGAGUUCUAAUGAAACAAAGCCUUAAGGCUUAUUAUCAGAUGUGACAUGAUCGACUUUUGUUUCUUCUGCAGACGCAAAGAAAUUUGGGCAGGGAAUCUAACAGAUUGUCUUCCGUACUUUAUUUGACAGGAAAUUUAUGACUUUGAGAAAAAGCUUACUUUGCUUAAACAUUCAAAUUACUGGAACCCUAGUGGAGGCCCCGUGAUGUUGAUUCAUGACUUCAACACAGGCAUUGGUUAUAACAUCUCUAGUGGCCAUCUUGGUGCAGAUGUCUGCAGACCUUUCAACUUAACUCUUACAGAAUGGGAUGCAAGUGAAGAUGAAAAUCAUCACAUUCGCAUGAAGACGACUCAUGAACUGUUCAAUAUGCCAAAAAGAAAUGGUUCAUCUGCAUUGGUGUACAAGGGAACUGCUUCAGUUCGUGGCAUAAGUGCUGAUAUCUGGGUUGGUAAGGGAGUGAGGAAGAGUAGAAGACGAAAUAGAACUAUUGAGGUACUACAGGGCUUUGAAGUACAAUAAAAUACACUUUAUUUAAGGGUCAAUGUAUUUAGCACUAAAACACUAAUUGAGGAGACUGUUUUCACAUCUCCUGCUGGAAAUAGGACCGCCAUUUUACGUGGUCAGCUCCCUCCUCCUCAUAGGCUCCCGCUGGGUAUCCCUAUAAAAAUAGCAAUAAUUGAAAAUAGAAAGAGCGUGGGGGACAAUGGGAAGAAGGAAAAGGCAGGAGCUCUCUUUUUCUCUCUCCCCGGCCUCCCAACAACUCAAAGAGACCCCUGCAGAGGAGAGAGCACGGUCAUCCUUGGAAGCCACAUAGCGUUGUAGCUGUUUACAGGGCAACUUAGGUGAUACCUUAAUUUCUGAGUAAAUCCCUGAGCAUUAGUUGGACCUUGGGAACCGAACCCAUGAUCUCCCACCCUGCAGUAAAACACUCUAGCUACCAACUGAGCUAAACCUGCUUUAAUUGUGUACUUACUGUAAUUGCAGCUUUUCAUUAGUGGAACUCUCGUGCACGCUAAGAGCGUGCAGUGGAGCAUCAUGGGUAAGAAAAUUUGGUUAUCUAUGCAUCCAAGAAAUUUUGGUAAUCAUGUGACUGUCCGCGUACCUGUCCGCAUCACAGGUAUACCAAUUUAAAUAACUCAAUCAACAGGUAAUGCAACGUAGGGGUUUUUUGGCCAUACAGACUUUUUAGAAACAAAAACAACAACAAAGUCAAGUCCGACUAAAAAGUCUAUACAGAAAUGGACAACAGAGAAACAGCCAAAGCGUCAGAUUAAAAACAAAUGAGACUAGCGGCCAGCAAGGUGAAAAUGAGCAGCAGUAAACGAAGAGCGAAUAGGAAUACAAGCAACAAAACUUUUGUUGAGCACAUGUAUACGACCAGCGUGCAAAGAAAGUUGUGUCCGACAGCCCAGGGCUAGUGGAUUUUGCGAUCGGGCAAGUGAAUUCUGUGCUUAACUUGCCCGACGGGCAAGUGAAGAUUUUUCGGAGAAUUAAAAUUACAGAAGUACUGUAAGACAAAAUGUUUUAAAUUCCUAAUAAAUUCCUGCGGACCGAAAGUCACUCCGACGAAGUGAAAUCUGCAUAAACAAGACGAAGUGUCGCAUUACAUGUCGAACGAAACAUAUUGAGAUCCCGCGCAUAAAGUAAAAGCAGAUAUUGAAAAAACUUUGGAGGUUGCCCGUGACUAUUUCUUACUGAUUCAGAGAAAGCUAUUUGUCUUAAUUUUCUUCAUAAUCAUUUGUGAGGAACGUAAACAAAAGGUUUUGAUCCUGAACUCUAGUGAGAAAUUUAUUAUGGUUUUAGCAAAUACUGGUCACGUGCUUUUCAAUGUGGUAAGUUCUAAACACAGAUACUGUAAGUGUUUGUUGAUUAAAAUAUUUAGACCACACCGUAUUGUUUUCACUUUUCAUGAAAAUCAACUGUCAGAUGAAACAACAACAACAAAUAAUUUAUGCAAAUGUAUACCGGAACACGAUUAAUGACGGCUUCAUUCUGUUAGCUUCACUUAAAUUCCUUAUUUCAUCAUUGUGAGUUGACUUUCAAGACAAAGGCAUUUAUAAUCAAAAGGUGAACACUGAAUUAUUGUACUAGCUAGUAUGUGAAGAGUAUCUUACCAGGUCUACCUAUAGUUCACACUUUUUACGGUUAUUUAUUGCUCUUGUCAAAUAACUACAGCUGAUUGUAAUGAAUAAAUAGAGCCAUUAAUUUAUUAUCUUACAGUGUAAUUAAGAAAGGAAUAAUUAAUUAAAAUUUUUUCAUUCUGCUCGCGAAAAAAUUUUUUUGGGGGCUAGUAAAAAUGAUUUUCGGGCUAGUAGAUGUUAGUUACAGCUUGCCCUUUGGGCAAGCUGUAAGUUGACUUUCUUUGCACCGUGACGCCAUUUUCUACAUAAGAUGUGUAACUAUGAAGUUUCACGAUGUAGCCGUACAAAACAACGUCAAAGAAAUGUACAAAAAAGUGUGCUGCACAGUCAUGCAAAGUUGUUUUUUUGACUAAUUAGACAUAUUGAUUUUUUUGCCAAUCUCAUUGCUGUUACCGGUUAACAUUACACAAUUUUAUUUUUUUGUUUGAGUUAUAUAAAUUAAUUAAGAGUACAUUAUCGAGAGCUUUGCUUUUAGCCCUAGCUAAAUCUUUAUAUUGUGUUUUCCUGACAGUAUAUUAUGGAGGUCUACUUCUCAAAACCAAACUGGCGUUUCCAUUCUGGAACACAAAACAACCAGCAUCAAGUUCCUGUAAGGUUUGAUUGGUACACUCCAAGGGGUCAUUAUGAGAUGAAUGUCUUCAACUUUGAUGCUGAGGCUGCUGCCCUGACCCAGUUUGAUAUCAAGCCCUGCUUCACUUUUGAACAGCAACGCCUUGUUCACUUCAGUUUAGCUGGUAAAGAUUUAAAAUUUGGAAGAUUUGUUGAAGAAGAUAAAUAUGCUUGUCUUUUUGCUUUUAGAUGCAUUCACACUUGUUUGCGAUAUUGGGGCUUGAUGCAUAGUAGAGUGCCACGUAUUAUUUACAAGUAGUGUAAGGCUACUUAAAACAGCGAUUGCAUGCAAGCAAGCCAUAAACUAUAUAUCAUUGUGCAAAAUACAUGUACUAAUUGAUACCCCUGCCCCAUAGGUCAUGUAACAAUGUUGAAAAAUUUUAAAAGUGCUUAUUGACACCCUGUGUAGUUCAGGCAUUGAUGUCAUUGCAACCCCUUUCACGGUGCUUUGACUGGAAACCAUGUGUAUUAUAAUACUCCCUUACAUUAACUUCAAUUCUUUAACCAUGACCAGCAUCUCAUAUCUUCCUUAUAGCAUAAUGAUUAAGAAUGUUUAAGUACAUAUGUAACCUCUUGACUUUAACUAUUCCCAAUAUCCACAUAUAAAUUGCCCAGAAAGUUCCCUUGGUGAAGAAAAUUGUUUUUAAAGGUCAAAGCACUUUCCCUUAAGGAUCAUUUUAUCUAUUCUUAUAACUUUUCCUCUUUAGUAUGUAUUGAUUUUGUUUAGAGAAAAUAGAUGUUGGUCACUCACUCAUGGGGGUUGUUUAAGCAAAUAAUUCUCUUCAUCAGUACUAUUAGAAAUGUUUAGAGGAUGGUAUUUAGAAUACAUUAGAUAUACAUUAUACAGUCAACCCCUUUAAUAUGGACACCAAAGGGACAGAACCAACUGUCUGCUUUACGGAGGUGUCCGUAUUAUAGAGGUAGGGAAUGUAUGAUUUUUGGCAUUUCUGGGACCAAACAAACUGUUUGUAAUAGAGAGGUAUCUGUAGACUAUACAUAGACUUUAUUGAGCGUCCUAGCAUGUUCCAGGCGUUCAGAUAGUGGAAAGCAGUGCACCUCUCUCCCCAGUGCCCCUCUAGUUUUCAUCACUUUCUUUACUUUGCACUGCUUUCCACUAUCUGAACACUUGGAACAGGCUAUGAGCAUCCCUGAAAAGGGCUUUUCAGCAUCAAUAUCAAAAUAAAUUAAAUAAAUCAAGUGGAUGAAUAAAUUAAUUAUUUAAUUAAAUGAAAACACUAUGUACAACAUUAUCUAAAUAGUAACUUUGUACAAAAUUCAACAUCUAACCUAGUUCAAGUUACAAAUCAGUUCAUUAAUAAGACGUCUCUUAAAAACUUUAGUAUUUAUGAUUUCCUUUAAGUCUUUACUUAAAUUAUUCCACAUUUUCACACCACGGUAAUAAAAAGCACGUUGGCCAGCAUUAAUUCUACAAGAUGGAAUAUUGAGGCGAUCUCUAUAUCUUGUCUGUCCAUCGUGGGCAAUAGCUCGAGUUGACAAUUUAUCUGAUAGGUAGCUAGGUGACAGACCUUUGAGACAUUUAUGCACAUAACUGCAUCAUUGACUGUCAUAAGAAUGUGGUUGUUGGUUUCAAUGCUUAAAAGGUAAAAACAACAUUGCAAUCAGUAAAGCUACAUUGUAUUUCGCUGAUGUAGUUAUGAUCAAAUUAUAUUAUCAGGAAACUAUGACAAGUACAGCGGUUCAAACAAGUUCAAACUUAAUGUGACCAAGGCCAUUAGUGCUGCAGCCAAUGUCUCAAUCAUCAGGGUGAAUGGAAUCCGGGUAAGGACUACUUUAUGACAGAUCAGCAUCACAUCUAUUUUGUUUUAUUGAUGUCAACAUAAAAGGUCAAACAUGAUCAUUGUUGCUCACUGAGAAAAAAUUAUCACUGUGAAAAAGCUCUUCUGUUCCUGGUUCAUAUAAAAAAUGUGGACUUGGAUGCGCUUGUGGCAAACAAAGGAUUUGAUCUUAAAUAAAGGCUGCAUUUGAUCUGAAAUGAAGGAUUGCUUAUCCUUUGGGGUGCUUCUAAGUGGAGAGAAUAUUGUCUAACCUUAUCUGUUUAUUGUUAUUAUUAUUAUUUAGGUGUUGGAAGGAAGGAAAGAUAAAAAAGCAGACAUUGAUGUAGCAUUUAUAUUGCUAGACAAGCCCAAUGCAAUUGGAGCUGAUGUAGUGGUCUAUUCUGAGAAAGGACUUCUAGAGGCUUUGGAUGUUUUGAAGAAAUCAGUAGCGUCUGGGAACUUCAAAGUGGCAACAAUGAAUGGUUAGUGAAUAUUGAACAAACAGCCAAGAGUAGCCUCUUUUAGAGGAGAGUUUAGUUUUAACAGACACCUUACUCUUCUUUCAGUCUUCUUGAUAAAUCUCUGUUGCGUUAAGUGACCACGUAAAAUGAUCAUUCCUGUAAGUAGCAUGCUCCAGUUAAGUACACUUUUACUGCUUCAUCAGCGUGUUCGCCCUCAAGAGCUCCACUGAUUUUUAUUGAAAUCCAGUACUUUAGACAGCUGGUUUACUAACUUAACGACACUGAAUCGCAGUCAACAAUUACCAGCACCAUACAAACGACUUAAUGACGGACUCAAGCAAAACUGACCACGGCGGAAUGACUGGACAAUCCAUAAUUGGACUAACAAUAAACGAUUGUUAAACUGUGGCGAAACACGGAUCUAGACGCACCAAUGACAUUUAACGUCUUCGUAACCAAUAACAUCAUGGCUUAACUGACAGACGACCAAUAACAUCGGAACUUAAUUGUCCAAUCAAGACAAUAAACAGAGUUAAAUUCAAUCAACUGACGUGAUAAAACUCACUCUGACUACUGCACAGGUUGUUGAAACGUCGCUGAUCACUGUCAGCAAUGUUUAGUCCUAUUUAGGACUACUCUCACCUCUAUCAUCAUGCUCAACCUACUUAUGAUAAUAAUAUUGAUAAUGGUGUGUUAUGAUGGUGAUUAAAAUGAUAAUUUACCUGUCUUGUUUAUCUAUUUAUUUAUUUAUUUAUUUAUUUAUCAACUUUGCCAAGAGGCCUGGAUUACUCAUAGAGCAAGCUCCACUACGAGUUCCAGUGUAUCGCAUGCUCGGUAGUCUUGAGUUACAAGUCACAAUCUUGAUUGUUAUAAAAAACUUACAGUUUUUUGUUCUCAACAGAAACACUACCUGCUUACAAGGAUUCCUUCUUUGUUGGUUUUGCUCCCAGUCCCCUGUCGCCCACCCCUGUCACACCAAGUCCAGGAAAAGAAAGCAAUAAGAAUUCUGGUGUGUCGAAAGGUGCGACAGCAGGGAUUGCGAUUGUUAUGUUAGUGGUGGGCAUUGCAGGAGGCUUGGUCAUCGCACACUUUAUUAUGAAACGCCGAGGUAGCGGAUUGUUCGCAUAUCAAAGGCAUGAGUAGGAGGUUUGUUCCUCCCGAGACACGGAAUGCACAAAAAAUCAUGAACUCAUACAGCUCCUAAAUACAUAUAGCAUUAGUCGUAGUGUUUGUGUUAUUCCAAUGUUAGUCGUAGGGUUAGGACUGUUUUCAUUAGAGUGUCAUUAAUUAAAUUAAAACCAAACUUAUUAGUGUAGUAACAUAAAAAAGUUGAAAAGUCAGAACCCAAUGUUAACACAUGAGGCCGACUCCAAGUGGCAGAAACCGCCUUGGGGCGGAGGAAGCUACUAGAAACGCUAGUUCAGUUUCUAUCCACUCUCGUUAUGUUUGCACGUGGACAAUGCAUUUGGCGAGUAGCUUGCCAGUUAUUUAUCGACAUUUAAAUGUAUCUCAAUCAGGUAUUUAAUCAAUCAUUGCCGUUGCCAGCCAGCACAUAGAGACCUAAAGUAUAUUUAACAUGAUAUAAGUAACUCUCUAAAGCACACAAACUUGGUUUGAACUGUUGGCGGUUCCUAAGAUGAUGUCACCCAGAGGUU